UACAAAAGUCCUCAAAAAUACAAGCCGGAAAUACCUCUUUUGUUUGGUGAUGAUCACCAUAGUAACUGAAUGCCUUAGAGGGAUUAACUCCGCGUCGUAUUACAGUUGAUCUUCAUGUACAAAAUAAUCCAAAAAAUAUCGAUCCUUGUGGCUUGAAACACCGUAACAACAUCUAUAACAAACCAAGGAAGAAUUAAGAAAGCCUUUGGUAAUAAUUUACUUCUAUUUUAACAUCGUUUUUUGUCAAAAGAGUCGACAUUUUGAAGCCUGAGCCCAACCUGUAAAGUUUGAUUUUUGACUGAUUUUCAAGAAAUCAAAACUUCAAGACCUCAAGGAAGAUGAGCCCUUUGAAGGCGAUGGAUUCAAGCCCUUCUUCAUCAGAUCUUCGUUCUAAUGGUACAUCGAAAUUCCAUGGCUUUAUUUCGAAUUCAGGCGACGCCAUCACAGCAAUUGCUUUUGUGAUAGUGAUCUUGUUUACAGUCUUUGGCAGCUUGUUGAUCGUUCUGUCUAUCAUAAGAAAUAAGACUACCAAACUUCGCUAUACGAAUCAUUGUUACAUCAUGAGCUUAGCUUUUGGGAAUCUCUUGAUGGCAAUUAUUGUCAUGCCCAUACGAGUAAUGAGCUUCUUGGACAAACCUGGCUGGAUUGAACGUGCUGAACUCUGUCAGAUUUACAGCGUGAUGUUUGUCUUCUGUUGCACAAUUACAGUGCUUUCUAUGGCUGCAAUGAGCGUUGAUCGCUACUUUUCGAUCCCAAGAUCUGCAAGAUACCAGAAAAUGCUGUCCUCUUGCCGUGUCUUUACUUUGAUUGCAUUUCUCUGGGUGAUAGCUGUAAUAGUUUCUUUCCCACCAGCCAAUUUCCAUUCCUCAGAAUCACCGAGGCCCACUUGGGAUUGCAAGCUUAAUCAGAUCUACAGCCGUCCCUAUGUCUAUUGCUUUGUAGUUAUUGAAGUCCUGGUGCCAGUCAUCCUGAUGCUUGUUAUUCACUGCCGAAUCACCAAAGCAAGGAUGAAUCAUUUUAGAUCUGUUGACAUCAGUGGACGGAAAGUCAAAAAUCUGGAUUAUUCAGAGGCCCCAACACUGACGCAAGAAGCAACAUGGGCACGGGUGGUUAUGAAGGUGCUAUUCAGCUUUAUUAUCUUCUGGAUCCCAAGAUGUAUCUUCCUAUUGCUUGAUAACAGCCAGUAUGGCAGCAUUCAUGAAGCCGCUGAUGGUGUGACAGAGAUCCUGACCUACUGUUUUGGAGCAUCGCUGGCGCUGCUUCUUGCAAAUUGCUGUGAAGACUACAAGACAGAGAUGAUGUUCAUGCUGUGUCCGUUCAUGUGGUACCAUCGGAGGGAGCACAAGAGAAGAUAUCAGAUCAAUCAACCUAAUAGAGUCACACCUGGAGUUACUCCAUUAACGAUGUAUCGCCAGUAUUCUAAUAGUUCUCUUCACCCAAGAUGAACUGUUUCACAAAAAUAAUGACAAACUGCAAUGCUUUUGUGAAAAUUGCUUGCAAUGUACAGUACUAAAGAUAAGAAGAGAUAAAUAGAUAAAACUAGUGUGAAUACUAAAGAUACACUAGGAUCUACACCACCAACAGAGUUUUGAAGAUUUCCAUUUUUCCAUUGUUUCUCAAACUGCACCAAGGGAAAACACAACUUGACAGCACCAUAUUGUUAGAAGGAUAGACUCAAGGACUUGUUUAUAGGGGCAAAUAUGAGGAGUGUGUAUCAAAAACUGCCCUUGAUGCCUAGCUGUGUUAUGGAAUAGCGAACUACAUCUUGACAAUGCUAGACCUAACUGGACAGUUUGUAAGAAGAAAAGUUCUGCAUACUAUAGGAUCGGAGUCAUUUAAUCUCAAUAUUACUCACAAAUUUUGAUACUAAACCUUUGUUAUUUAUUCCAGGACUGUCUUUUCAGUCGAGUUUUAAAUGUUUCCACAAUCAUUAUAUACAAUGGUGGAUCCAGGGAUUUAAGAAGGGGCUGACUAUUACAACGGUUUUACCUGGAAUGCAGGGAAAAGGAGGUUGGCUUACUAAAAGAUAAUGCCAUCCCCUUCACCAUCCCUGGAUCCUCCCCUAAUGUAAAGCUACUUUAUACAGCAACAAGAUGUAUAAUCAAUCGAUCAUCUGUUAUUCAAAAUAUUAUAUCAAAGAUUCCUAAAAAAGAGAGAUUUCUAUUUCUAUUUAACAAUUAUGAGAGAAUGAACAACUUGUUCUGGCCUGUGAUAGCCAUCCUUAGGAAACCAUGAGUAAAAUUCUGGAAACAAGUGACAGAAUUUUACCCUCGGAUUCCCCAGGAUGUGUGAUAGUAAGCAUUGUUUCCUAAGACUGGUAGGAAGCUAGUAAAUGAGAGUACCAUAAUUAUAUUUGUGUGAGUUAACUAAAAAUUAUUUUGAGAUACUUUAGUCCAAGUACAAGUUUUAGUAAUUUUAUUCUGAAUUCUGAAUGAAAGCAACACUAAAAUUAGCUACUAAAGUAAAAAUUUUUGUAUCUUAUAACACUUCUUAUAGCAUGAUAAAAAAUUAGUAAAAUUCAGUAUUACUAGAGUAUCAAUAUCAGAGCACUGAGAAUGGAAGAAUAUUUAUAGUUGAUUGAUAGUAAUUAAUUUAAGUAUAGCAUGUAUCUAUAAGUCUGCAUAAACGCAAUAAAAGCUGAAAAAUUAAA